CAACCUAAUCUGAACGUUGCAACCAACUCAACAAUGGCAAACAGAUUGAAACAUCUUUCCUCCAUAGCCAACGACGUCGUACAAAACUGUGCUCUAAAAUUGGAAACUCCUGUGGAGAAACUGGUGGAGGAAUUUGAGACUACAUGGAAGGCAGAUGAAACGGCGCCGGUUGGUCAUAAUAUUACUGCUACUAAUAAUAAUAACAAUAGUUAUGGUAGGAAAUUUGUAGAAUUUUGCAGUGCCAAGGUUCUGCAGACUAGUGACAUUUGCAAAACCAUUGAGGAAAAGAUUGCGGAUGGGUCUUUUAGCCGCUUCACUUUCAACAUGAUGCUUGCCUGGGAGAUGCCCACUUCUGCGGACGAAGAAUCUUUCACGGAGUGUGUGGCAAAGGAGAAAGAAGAGAAAAAAGUACCUGCAAAAUUUUCUACAGAACAAGAUGAGAUCUCUCUGUUCUAUUCCGACCUCAUGCCACUUCUUGUUGAUAAUGAGCAAGAUGUUGGAGAAGAUGCAUUUGUGUGGUUGGGAUCGCUGGUUCCACUAGUUGCAGAUGUUGUUAAUGGGAGAUUUACCUUUGAAACUUUAACAGCACCUACAGGAAACCGGCUCCAUUUUCCUGCCUAUGACAAAUUUUUAAAGGAAAUUGACAGAUGUAUAAAACAUUUGCAAAAACAUGCAAAGCCCAAGGGUGCGGAGCUUGCAGAUGACGAAUUCAUUUUACAUGUGGAGGGAACUGCUAGCACACAGAGAGUAGUGCGCCACAUUGGAGGAACAAGUUGGCCUGGUAGGCUUACACUAACAAAUUACGCACUCUACUUCGAGGCUUCUGGAAUUAUAACUUAUGAAGAUGCUCUUAAAAUAGACCUUUCAAAGGAUAUGGAGCAAAGUGUGAAACCAGCUGCAACAGGGCCAUGGGGUGCCCCACUUUUUGACAAGGCUAUAGUUUAUGAGUCUCCCAAUUUAUCAGAGGGGAUAGUUCUGGAGUUUCCUGAGGUAACAAGCUCUACAAGACGUGACCACUGGCUUGCACUCACAAAGGAGAUUAUGUUGAUGCACCGUUUCCUUGCAAAGUAUGAAAUAAAAUGUCCAAUACAAGCAUGGGAGAUGCAUGCAAGGACAAUACUAUCAAUAACAAGGCUUCAUGCAGCAAGAGAAAUGCUAAGAAUAUCACCCCCUACACCGACAAGAUUCUUAAUUUUUUCCUUGUUCGAUGAGUUACCAAAGGGAGACUAUGUACUGGAAGAGCUUGCUGAGAGUCUAAAGAAGGUCAAUAGCGGGCAUCCAUGCAGUGCUAGUUCCAUUCUACGGACUAUGAACAUGUCAGAGUCAAUCAUCUCACGUUUAGAUGUAACAGAAGCUGGCAAGGAAAGUAUAAGUCCAACUGUUCAAGAUGAAGACAGUUUCCUACUAGAAACUGCCAUUAAUCAAUCAAGAGAGGAAGAAAAGGAAAUUGCUAUUGCCAAAGCUACCACAAAGGAACUGAAAGAGGAGGGAAUCAGCGAAAGCACUACUAUCUUUUUGGAGUUACUAAGGCCCCUUAGAAAUUCUGUGCCUUGGUUUGAAGAAGUCCUCACAUGGGAAAGACCGUCAACCACCCUAGUUGUGAUUGCUGCUGCUUUAAUAGUGACUUACGAGGAAUGGGUUGGCAAAGCAAUAGCAGCUUUCUUGCUGUGGCUGGUUGCAAAGAUGUUUAGAGCCAGACUACAAAGGCUUGAUACAAAAUGCAAUGAGAUAGUAGUGUGCACUGCAUCAGACCAGAGUACAAUGGAAAGCAUUGUUUCUGCUCAACAUGGAAUGCAAACUGUGCACGAAAUGGUGCAAACGGCAAAUGUUUCAUUAAUGAAGUUGUGGUCCAUAUUUAUUUCGAAGGCUCGCAAGCAUGCAGAUAUGGCGAUGAUGGCAAUGAGUGCGGUAGCAAUAUUUUUAGCAGUGGUUCCAAUGAAGUUAGUUAUAAUGGCAGGAAUAUUGUGUUGCUUCACUAUGACAUUGGCAUCGAGGUUAGGGAUGAGCAAGGGGGAGAACCAAAGCAGCAGACGACUAAAAGAAUGGUGGGAUUCAAUUCCAGUUAUCCCUGUCCGUGUUGUCGAUACUAAAUAGACUUCUUCGUGCAUCAGGUUUGGCACAGUGUCUCCCUGGAAAAUGCAUAGAAAAGAGUAGGUUGCAUGUGUCCAUUUGUAAAUCAUUAUCAAAAC